AUGUCUAAUACUCCAUUGUUUGAUUCCCCCCCCCCCUCUUUUCAGGCUGAUUUCGACAGUGCUGCAGAAGAUGUAAAAAAAUUAAAAACGAGGCCAAGCGAUGAUGAGCUGAAGGAACUAUAUGGACUCUACAAACAAUCUACUGUUGGAGACAUUGAUACUGAGUGUCCAGGAAUGCUAGAUCUGAAAGCCAAAGCCAAAUGGGAAGCAUGGAACCUUAAAAAAGGUUUAUCAAAGGAGGACGCCAUGACUGCCUAUAUUUCUAAAGCAAGAGAGAUGAUAGAAAAAUAUGGGAUCUAAAAUACUCCACAAUAAUUCCCAUAAAUAAUUCAUUAACUUUUCAGUAGCUAAUGAACUAACUCUUUUGAGGAAAAAAAUGCAAAACUAACAUUUUCGUGUUUAGUUUGACACUAAGAUUUACCAACGUGAGUUAAUUACCUACAAGGGAGUAUUUACACAUGCACUGUACUUCUUAAGACACUAACUGUACUUAUUUUAAAUACAUUUUUACCUACAAGAUUUAUUUAGGGUUUUAAACGGUCUCUUCUUUUCCCUUUUUUUGAGGAGGCAGAAAGAUCACAUUCCUCUUCCUAUCCAGCCAAAGUAAAUUCUGAAGACAAAACUACUUACCUGUCUUUUUUUCCCAAAAGAUGUAAUGGGAUACAGAGAGGGGAAUUUAAAAAGAAAGAAAAAGAAGAGUAGUUUUUAAGAUAGCUGAGUCAGGCUAAUGAGGUCUCAAAGAGUGCCGAUUUAAAGGAAACAUUAGUUACUUCCUGGAUCCAAUAAUGGAUAAAUAUACUUGUGCAAAUAUAUCUCCCUUCUGUUAGGGUAUGUCUACACUACCCGCCGGAUCGGCGGGCAGUGAUCGAUCUAUCGGGGAUCG